CCCUGCUAUCGACUUGUACCAAAAGCCCAGUCCUCGCCUGGCUCCUUACUGUUGAUCACCAAUAAAGGUCCCUUAGCCGCAUCAUAGUAUCUUCAGAAUGUUCAACGGUGAUGCCGACAGUGUGUUCGACCUGUUCGACGAAGAAGGAGAAGAUGCACCCGUCAUUGUGCCCAGCAUAUCGUUGAAACGCAAAGAACCGACCCAUGGACAGAAGGUUGAAGGGUCCGCAGAGAAGAAAGUGAAAACGGCGGAUUUCCGGUCAAUGCAGAUGGAUGCGGAGAUGCCGGUCGUAGCGGAUGACGUGGAAGAGAGCGUUGACCACCAAUUCGAGCUUGGGCCCGACGCAUUAGCAGGUGAUCUGGAUGCGAAAUCCUCGGCUGACGGACAGGCCGCCGCUAGCGAUGCAAGUGCAGUGAAUGGUGACGGGAAGCCGGUCGACGAAAAAGGAAAGCCCCUCGUCAUCAAGCAUCAAGUCAGGCAUCAGGUUGCACUUCCACCAAACUUUCCAUACGUGCCAAUAUCGCAACAUGUACCGCCCGAAGAGCCCGCCAGAGUGUAUCCGUUUGUCCUCGAUCCUUUCCAACGAACUGCUAUCCACAGUAUUCAGAGAGAAGAAUCCGUACUGGUUGCUGCCCAUACCAGUGCUGGUAAAACAGUCGUGGCCGAGUAUGCCAUCGCACAUAGUCUGAAGAGGAAGCAGCGUGUUAUCUACACGAGUCCCAUCAAGGCUUUAUCAAAUCAAAAGUACAGAGAGUUGCUGCAGGAGUUUGGGGAUGUUGGGUUGAUGACCGGUGAUGUCACCAUCAAUCCGCAGGCCGGAUGUCUCGUCAUGACGACUGAGAUUCUGCGAUCCAUGCUGUAUCGGGGAAGUGAGAUCAUCAGAGAAGUUGCGUGGAUCAUUUUCGACGAAGUGCAUUACAUGAGAGACAAAGUUCGUGGUGUCGUGUGGGAGGAAACAAUCAUUCUGAUACCCGAUAAAGUUCACUUCGUCUUCCUGUCCGCGACAAUUCCGAACGCCAUGCAAUUCGCCGAAUGGAUCUGCAAAAUGCACAAGCAGCCAUGCCACGUUGUCUACACUGAUUUCCGACCAACGCCAUUGCAGCACUAUUUGUUCCCUGCUGGCGGCGAUGGUAUCCAUUUGGCGGUCGAUGAAAAGAGCGUCUUCCGAGAGGAUAACUUCCAGCGUGCGAUUGCCCAAUUAGGCGGAGAGAAAAGUGAUGGUGGGAGAGGUGGAGGACGAGGAGGGAGAGGUGGCAGAGGAGGAAGGGGCGGCAGAGGUGGGGGUAGAGGCGGGAAAGUCGAUCAAAGUACAGCAGGAACAACCGACUUGUACAAGAUCAUCAAGAUGAUCAUGACGAAAAACUAUCACCCGGUCAUCGUUUUCUCCUUCUCAAAGCGUGAAUGUGAGGGGAACGCAUUGAUUCUGUCCAAACUGGACCUCACGAGCACCGAGGAGAAAGCAAUGGUGGACGCCAUUUUCAAUAAUGCCAUCGCAUCGCUGAGCGAAGACGAUCGCGGCCUGCCGCAGAUUGAGCAUCUAUUGCCGCUGCUUAGACGUGGAAUCGGAAUCCAUCACUCUGGACUGCUGCCCAUCUUGAAGGAAGUGAUCGAGAUUCUCUUCCAAGAGGGUUUGCUGAAGGUCUUGUUCGCGACAGAGACGUUCUCCAUCGGUCUGAACAUGCCUGCCAAAACCGUCGUGUUCACUGCAGUACGAAAGUGGGAUGGGAAGGAACAACGUUACCUCGGCGGAGGAGAGUACAUUCAAAUGAGUGGACGUGCCGGACGUCGUGGUCUGGAUGAUCGUGGAAUCGUCAUUCUUAUGAUUGAUGAGAAAAUGGAACCCGAUGUUGCCAAGACGAUGUUGAAAGGAGUCGCUGACCCACUCAACUCCGCGUUCCAUCUGACGUACUCGAUGAUUCUGAACCUGCUUCGCAUCGAAGGAAUCAGCCCGGAAUUCAUUCUGGAAAGGAGUUUCAUUCAGUUCCAAGCGCACUCGAAAAUACCAGAACUCAAGAAAGAACUGUCUAUUUACGAACGGCGUAUCGAUCAGUUGGUCAUCCCGCAAGAGCAGCAGAUUCAGGAAUACUACCAGAUCCGACAACAACUUGAUCAGUACAAUCGUGAUAUCCGCGACGUUGUGAACCACCCUCAGCAUUGCUUAGCGUUUGCGCAAGCCGGCCGUCUCGUUCAUAUUCGGAUAAAGGCGCCAUCGGAGUCAGAGGACAAGGAGUACGAUUUUGGCUGGGGUAUAGUCAUCAACUUCACCAAGAUUGUACCAAAGAUCAAGGGCAACGACAUGACGGCAGCCCCGGAAGCACCAAAGAUCGUCGUCGAUGUCUUGAUGCGCUGUGCACCGGGAACGGAGAACGGAAGCAAAACGCCGAAGCCCUGUCCACCAGACGUUGAGAAGGGCGACAUGCUCGUGAUACCAUGUACUUUGAGCUCGAUCGCCGGAUGGAGCAGUGUCCGAGUGCACGUUCAGACCAAGGACGUGAAGAGCGCCGACUACAGGAAUCAGAUGUGGAAGACCUUGAGGGAAGUCGGAAAGCGCUUCCCUGAUGGAGUACCGCACUUGGACCCCGUUGAGGAUAUGAGAAUCGUGGACGAUGGUUUCAAGAAGCUCUUGAAGCGAGUCGCCCUCUUAGAGCAGAAGCUCUUCUCAAACCCACUUCAUGGCUCCACCGAACUCAACGACCUCUACGACCUGUUCGAAACCAAAGUUGAGCUCAACUCCAAGAUGAAGGAGAUGAAGAAACAGAUUUCGGCAACAGAAAGCGUCGUCCAGUUGGAAGAAUUGAAGUGUAGACGACGAGUAUUACGACGACUCGGGUACACCACCGACGCGGACGUCAUUGAGAUGAAAGGACGGGUCGCUUGUGAGAUCUCGGCGGGAGACGAGCUGCUGCUUACGGAAAUGAUCUUCAACGGUGCUUUCAACGAUCUGACGGUCGACCAGGUCGUCAGUUUGUUGAGCUGCUUCACUUUCGGUGAGAAGGUGAGCGACACUCCCGCAAAAGUCCGCGAAGACCUAGCCGUGCCGCUCCGCCAGAUGCAAGAAUCCGCCCGCCGAAUCGCGCGCGUGUCGCAGGAAUCGAAACUGACCAUCGACGAAGAAGAGUACAUCCAGUCGUUCCGCCCGGAGCUGAUGGACGUGACUUACGCGUGGUGCCAAGGAGCCAAGUUCAGCCAGAUUUGCAAAAUGACCGAUGUCUUUGAGGGCAGUAUCAUUCGCUCUAUGAGGAGGCUGGAGGAGCUGUUGAGGCAGAUGGUUGCUGCUGCUAAGAGCAUUGGAAACACGGAUCUGGAGAACAAGUUUGCGGAAGGCAUCAACAAGAUCAAGCGCGAUAUCGUCUUCGCCGGAAGCUUGUACCUGUGAGGACUAGUUGUCGACUUUCCCACAAACGUUUGACGGGCCUUCCCCAAGUGCAUGCGGAUUAUUUGAACACUUGCCCGCUGUCUACCAACAACAGCCGACGUCACCAACCUCGCUACCACCAGCCAUGCUGCCAAU